GACAAAAGGACUACAAGUGUUCCAUCACUAUCGGCCAUGCUGUCCCCAUCGCUCUUCGUUCUUUCCGCUCUGAAGUAAUCAUGAAUCAGGCUUCGAUACAGGAACAAAUGGAUGGCACAUAUAACCCUGUCCAGGAAGUUUGUACCACUCUUACACACACAACACAGGAUAAAGUUACUCCUGAAAAAAGAAAAGAAAUUCAGAAAUAUUUCACCACAGGCAAAAGACCUUCUGCAGUUUCAGUACAGCAGGAAACUAUGCAAAAGCAUAGUGAAGAUUCAUUCUCUACCCAGAAGUUAACUGGCACAUCUGUGACAAGUAAAGAAAUCAGAAGUACAAGACAGGUAAAACAAACUGGUGACACUGAAUGCAUAGCAACUGCAAGAGGAAUUAUCAACUCUAAAAAAUGGCGAGCUACUGACAAUGGCUGAAGCCAUAAUGCUAGGUAUUUUGGAUAUUAAGACAGGCCAAUAUAAAGAUUUCCAAACUGGCAAACACAUGAGCCUCCAAGAUGCUAUUUCCAAAGGACUGGCUAAUGAUGACUUUGUGAAUAACAUUACAAAAGCAUGUGGUAUUAUUGAUAUUAAGACAGGCACAGAACUAACAUUGAUUCAAGCUAUUGAAAAAGGUUUAUUUGACCCUGAUAAAGGUACAUUUCUUGAUCCAAAGAAAAGAAAACCUGUAACAAUUGAUGAAGCUAUCCAGUUAGGUAUACUCAAAAAAGACAAGGUACAGAAAUUGUUUGAUAUGAAAAUUGUUAAAAUGUCUAAGUUAACAAUAACAGAAGCUGUACAGAAACGAUUAUUGGAUACUCAAACAGGACAAUUCAAAGACCCUAAGACUAACCAGAGUAUGUCAUUGAAUGAGGCCUUUGAUAAGGAGUACUUAGAAAUUGAUGCUUCUGUACAUAGUGAGGGUGGUAUUUCACUAGCAGAGGCCUUAGACAGAGGUAUGGUGAAUGAAAAGGCAGGACUGAUAGUAGAUAAGGAGUCGGGAGAAAGAUUUACUAUUGACGAGGCAACCAGACGAGGUAUUAUUCGAUGUGAUGUCCGUGAAGUAGUUAACAUGCAAUCUGGUGAAAUCGUGAAUGUUCCUCAAUCCAUUUUUCAAGGUGUAAUUAAUGCUCAGAGUGGAAGAUACAUCAACAAGGCUACCCAGGAAUGUCUUACUUUACAGCAAGCCUAUGAUAAACAGUUCAUCUUAAGACCAUUAACACUGAAAGAUGCCUAUGAGCUAGAGCUGUUAGAUGAGACAGGAAAAGUGACAAAUCCAAUCACUAAACAAAAACUGACAAUACUUGAUGCCAUUGCAAAAGGAAUUUUAAACACAGAAGUUAAGUCUAUCAUUCAUCCAAAAUCUGAAGAGUUACUAACUUUACCAGAAGCUUUAAAAAGAGGUGUUCUUACUUCAGAUGGACAAUUUGUUGACUUCACAGGAGAAACAAUCAGUCUUAGUCAAGCUGUUAACAAAGGCCUCAUCACAUCUGUUUGUCACAAAAUGAUAUUUGACAUUGAAGGCAUCAAGAACCCUAUUACAGAUAAUGACAUAAGUUUUAAUACUGCAGUGAGCAAAGGUUUUAUUGAUUUGAAAAUUGGAAAAUUCAAAGAUACCACAAAAGGAGAAACUAUGACACUGGAGGAAGCAACUACCAAAAGGUUUAUCCAGCCUCAAGUUGCAGAAAUGAUGAAUCAAAAAAUAGGACUAAAAGAUAACAAAGGAAAGGAACUGACUGUUUUUCAAGCUGUAAUUAAAGGGUUGCUUGAUCCUAAAACAGGGCAAGUAAGAGAGCUAAAGACAAAAAAACCAGUUCCUCUAAAAGAGGCUGUAGAGAAAAAAAUAAUUACCCCAGAGGGAGCAGCUGUCUUGAAGAGCUUGCUCAAUAUUACUGUAACAAUGGCAACAGUCACCAAGACAGUAACUCGCUAUGUCACGGUAACUAGCCAAGGAAAGACUUCAGAUGUUAAAAUCACAUUCCAAGAUGCAAUGAGAAAUGGACUGAUUGAUGAAAUUCAUGGAACUUUUAAAGAACCUAAUAAUGGAGAAAUAAUGCCAUUAGAAGAAGCCAUAAACAGAGGAAUUUUAGGACUAACCUCUGAAUGGCCUACUAAAUCAUCUCAAGAAAUACCGAAGAGUCCCACUGAAAUACACACUACAAGAUUUCACAGAACUACUAUAGGAGAAUUUUCCACACUUACCCAAAACGAUUUAUUAUUACAAAAGACAGAAAAUACUUUAAAAGAUUAUCCAAGUACACCAAAAGAAAGUCUUAAGAAAGGUUCAUCAGCUGUUGAGUCACCCAGAAAAGAAAUACCUGGACUUCCCGAAUCAAAAGAAUCUUCUGGUAAAAAAAGUCUUAAAAGUAGCAAAAAGUCACCUACAAAGGAAAUUCCAGAGCCCACAAGACAAGAUUCAAGUCCCAAGAAACCUUCUUCCUUUGUCAAACCAGAUGAAUAUCAAUUGACAGAUGAAAAACUUCAAGAUUUUAAGCAAGUAAUUAGACAUAACACAACAGAUGAACUAGUAUACCAACAACCACUGUCUAUUGAUAAACCUGAAACACAAUCACCAAAAGAAAAACUUUCUACACCAGCCAAAAAAGAAACUGGUAAAGGAAAGCAACCAUCUCCAAUAAAAGAAAAACCUGCUAAAGAAAGACAGCCAUACUCAUCAAAGGAAGAGCCAAGUAUGGUGAGGAAGCCAUCACCAACAAAGGAAGAACUUACUAGAGAAAGACAACCAUCUCCAACAAAGGAAGAACCAACUAAAGAAAGACAGCCAUCUCCAAUAAAGGAAGAACCUGGUAAAGGAAGGAAACCAUCACCAAUGAAGGAAGAACCAACUAAAGAAAGACAGCCAUCUCCAAUAAAGGAAGAACCUGGUAAAGGAAGGAAAUCAUCACCAAUGAAAGAAGAACCUACUAAAGAAAGACAGCCAUCUCCAACAAAGGAAGAACCUGGUAAAGAAAGGAAAUCAUCACCAAUGAAAGAAGAACCUACUAAAGAAAGACAGCCAUCUCCAACUAAGGAGGGACUUUCUAAAGGAAAGCAACCAACUCAAACAAAGGAAGAACCUAGUAAUAUAAAGAAAUCAGCACCAGAGAAAGAAGAACUUACUAAAGGAAGACAACCAUCUCCAAAUGAAGAACCAAUGCUUACAAAGGAAGAAACUGGAAAAAUAAAAAAGCCACAUCCAACAAAAGAAGAAUCUAGUGUGGGAUGGAAGCCAUCACCAAUAAUGGAAGAACCUGGAAAAAAACAUCCACCUCCAACAAAAGGAGAAUUAGAAAGAAAAGUUACAUCUGCAGCUACUGAACUAGAAAGGAAAACUCUUUCUCCAACCAAAGAAAUACCAACUAAAAGAAAAUCAGAAACAGAGAGAAAAUCUUUAUCUCCUAAUAAAGAGAUACCUAUAAAGGAAAGCUUUCAAUCACCAACUAAGCAUGAGCCAGACAGGAAAGUUACGUCUCCAGUUAGAGAACCAGAGAGCAAAACAUCUCCUAUAAAAGAACCACUAGCUAAAGGAAAGUCUCUAUCACCAAUUAAAGAUGAACCUAACAAAAUAUUUACAUCUCCAGUUAGAGAACCUGAAAGGAAAACAUCUCCUACAAAAGAACCACUAGCUAAAGAAAGGACUCCAUCACCAACUAAAGAAGAAACUGACAAAAUAUUCACAUCUUCAGUUAAAGAACGAGAAAGAAAAUCAUCUAAAAAAGAGAUACCAACUAAAGGAAGGUCCCCAUCACCAACUAAGGAAGAACCUGGCAAAACAAUUACAUUUCCAGUCAGGGAACCAGAAAGAAAAGCAUCUAAAAAAGAGUUACCACUUAAAGGAACGCUUUCAUCACCAACUAAAGAAGAACCUGAAAAAAUAGUUACAUCUCCAAUUAAAGAACCAGACAGAAAAAUAUCUCCUUUAAAAGAACCACUAACUAAAGAAAGGUCUCCCUCGCCAAUUAAAGAUAAACCAGGCAAAAGAGAUACACUUCCAAAUAGAGAACCAGAGAGAGAAACAUCUCCUACAAAAGAACCACUAACUACUAAAAGAAGGUCCCCAUCACCAACUACGGAAGAACCUGAAAAAAUAGCUACAUCUCCAGUUAAAGAACCAGGGAGAAAAAUGUCUCCUUUAAAAGAAUCACUAACUAAAGAAAGGUCUCCCUCACCAAUUAAGGAUAAACCAGGAAAAAAAGUUACACUUCCAAACAGAGAACCAGAGAGAGAAACAUCUCCUACAAAAGAACCACUAACUACUAAGAGAAGGUCCCCAUCACCAACUAAGGAAGAACCUGAAAAAAUAGCUACAUCUCCAGUUAAAGAACCAGAGAGAAAAAUUUCUUCUAAAAAAGGAAGUUCUCCAUCACCAACUAAAGAAGAACCUGAAAAAAUAGCUACAUCUCCAAUUAAAGAACCAGAGAGAAAAUUUUCUUCUAAAAAAGGAAGAUCUCCAUCACCAACUAAAGAAGAACCUGAAAAAAUAGCUACAUCUCCAAUUAAAGAACCAGAGAGAAAAAUAUCUUCUAAAAAAGGAAGAUCUCCAUCACCAACUAAAGAAGAACCUGAAAAGAUUUUAACUAGCAAUGAGGAAUCAAUAAAAGGGAAAUCUCCAUUACCUAUUAAAUAUCAACCCAUCAAAAAAUAUUCAUCUUCCAUUAUAGAAACAGAAACAAAGACACCAUCAAACAGAAAAGAAAUUCUUUUAAAUGGUAGAAUUCCUUCACCAGUUAAAGUAGAACCAGAGAAAAAUACAGUGUCAUCUACUAGAGAUAUUAGUGUAGAAUGUUCAAAAAUUGAGAGAUUUGAACAAAAAUCAGAAACUAGUCAUUUAGUGUAUACAAAUGGAAUCAAAGAAACAACAAUGACAUCAUUAAUAACUAAAAAUGUUGAAACCUUUGAAGUACCACCAGAUGGAUGGUUCCUAAAAGAAGCUAUUGACCAGAAGCUAUUUGAUGCAGAUACAGGAUUAUUUACAGUACCAGGAACAGACAGAUUAGUAUCUUUUGAAGAAACCAUAAGGAUGGAGAUCAUCAAUCCAAAAUCUGCCAUAGUUGUGGAACCCUCAUCUAAACAUACAGUUUCAUUACUCAGAUCUUUGGAAAAGGGGAUACUAGACCCCACUGGUCAUUAUAUAGACAGCAAAACUAAGAAAAAAAUUACAAUGAAAGAAGCCAUUAAGAAAAAAUGUGUGAUCCUUGAAGAAAGGAUUAAUGUUGUUCAAGUGACUCAACAGAGAACCAAAAUGAUCCAUAUUACACAAAUGGAUGGCCAGUCUGACAAGGUGACAGUGAUAUCAGAAGAAGGGUUGGAUAAACCUGUUCUCACUCAGUGGGAGCCAGAGAUUUUGUCAGAUACAAGUGGUUUUUUAAAGACUGCAGUUGAGGAGAAAUACAAGUUGUCUGGAGACAACAUUUUGAAAUUACUGAGGUGGAUUGAGGAAGUUGAAGAACGACUGGCUAAUCUGGAGCAGGUGCAGGAGAAUAUUACGGAGUUACAGAAACAGGCUGCUAGGGCUAGGGAUAUCAAGGAUGACCUCGACGAUCAUCAGAGGCCUGUGACCACCUGUCUGGACAAGGUUCGGCAGAUUGUAGAACAGGGAGGGGAAGUUUUAAGUAAGGAUGAGGUUGAACAAUUACAGAAAGAUUCUUAUGAGCUGAAGAAACGUUAUGACAAGACAUGUGAAGAGAGUGAAAAGCUGCUGCGUCAUCUUUUCUCAACUCAGGAACAGCUGGAAAAGUUUAAUAUGGAGCUUCUCACUUUCAGAGAGUGGUUGAAUGAAGCUGAACGGAAGCUGGAAGAACAAGAGAAAAACUUGAGUAAGGUGGACAAUGCCAAAGAAACUUUCAAAGCAUUUACCAAUGAUGUCAUUGCUCAUCAGGCUGAUCUUCGUUUUAUUACCAUGAUUGCCCAGAAGUUUGUUAAUGAAUCAAAGGAGUACUUGAAGAUUUUGAAUAAUUUUCGAACCAACCUUCCCCAACGAAGGGCUUACAUUGAGCCUAAGGAAAAUGAAGUAAAGGCUCUGGUCAAUAGAGUUGGCACAACUUACCAUAACCUUCUCAAUCGAGUCAACCAUCUCAAUGAGAAGUUCUCACGGGUAAUAGAAAAACAGCAAUAUUACAGUGAGUGCUUGGAAAAAGUUACAGUCUGGCUCCAGGACAUGAAGAAGACUUCGAGAAUGUUGUUAGACGAACCCAUUGCAGCAGAUCCAGGGGUAAUGCAGGACCAACUGGACAAAAUUAAGAAAAUCAGCCUGGACAUUGUUGGUCAAAGCCAAUUUAUUGAGAAUGCUAAACAGUCAGGAAAGGCCUUGUUAAACUUUCUAGAAGGAACAGAAGUCAGCAUCAUUGAAGAGACCCUAAAGACUUUGGAAGAUGAAUAUUAUACCCUAAGCAAUGAAACCAGUGAAAAGUGUAAUGAGCUUCAGACAACUUUGGUCCAAUCACAGGACAUCCAAGAUGGCUUGGACCGUCUAAUCAAAUGGCUAGAUGAGGCUGAGAGUACCUUUCGUGCUCAGAACAAGGCUAUCAGUCUGUUCCGUGAGAGACUGGAUGAACAGCUAAGAGAAUACAAAGUACUUCAAACAGACAUAGACACUCAGAAGCCAAGCAUCAAUGCUGUUACAGACUCAGCCAAAAACUUUACUGAUAGUUCCAACCAAAGACUUGCUAAGAAGGUGGAAACUAAAGUGAAAGACAUCAACACUCGAUUUGACAAACUCUGUGAGAAAUCUAGUAAACGAGGAGAGUUGAUAGAUGAGGUUGUAACAAUGUUAACAACAUAUGACGUGAUGAUUGUUCAGUUUGAAGAGUGGAUUCAAGGAAUAAUAGAAACUAUUGAAAGUAGAGAAUUAAUGCAACUUGGUAUUGAGGAAUAUUAUUCUCGAAUUGAGGAAGUGAUGAACAUGAGAAAUGUCAAGAAGGAGGACUUUGAAGAGGUAAUAAAAAUAGGUAAAACUCUGGUUUCUAAGAAGGAUGUUACAGAUACUACUCCAAUAAAAGAUAAAAUAAAGUAUCUUGAACAGCAGUGGAAAGACCUGGGAGACAAACUUGUUGACAAACAGCAAGCAGGCAAGAACCGUGCUCAACAAUUAUCUGCAUAUGAAACUUUAAGGAUUAAAAUCUUAGAAUGGCUAAUCAACAUAGAGAAUCGUGUGGAGAAGUUGGAUGUUGUAGCGAUAGACAAAGAUGUUCUCCAGCGGCAGGCUACAGAAGUGAAGCUUCUCAUUAAAGAACAUACAGACUAUGGAACAACCAUUGACAAGGUGAAUGAUUUAGGUAAUUCUUAUGAUGCUAUUCUCCAUGGGAAUCAAGGAGACAGCCAAUUUCGACGUUCAGGUAGCCCCACCAAAAAGACAUCUUCUUCCCCAGUGGUGGCUCCCUCUAGUCCAAUAAAGAAGUCACCAACUAGUGAGUACACAG